CUACCACCAAUACCCAAGUUUCUUUGAUGCAUUGACUUAUAGCAAUAUAUACAUUAAAAAUGCAAACCCAGUAUUUUUAUUUUAGAUACAAAUAUGUCGAUACGGCGAACCUUUAUCUUUUGCACAAGUAUAAAAGUCCUGUUGAAGACGCGUAGUAUAAAAAAUCACUUAAUUUGACUUCCAAUUACAAGACUAUUAUUACAAUUACGCCCGUAUUUAAUUCAUUUUUAUUGUAUACCUAUGACUACGCCAUCCACCGAAAAAGAUAAACGAACGAGUGCCACACCCAUUCUCAGCUGGAGCAACCUUGAUUAUGACGUCAAGACCAAGCAGCAUGGAGUGCGACGGAUUCUGCAUGGCCUCAGCGGCAAUAUCUAUUCCGGCGAACUAGUUGCCAUCAUGGGCUCGUCUGGAGCAGGCAAAACCACACUCCUCAACAUUCUCUCGGGCCGUGUCCAAGGCGGCCGCUUGUACGGCGACAUCCAGUUCAACGGCGCCAAGCGCAAUCCGCACACUUUCAAGCGACUCUUGGCUUUUGUUGAACAAGACGAUCUCAUGUUCCCGCAGCUGACUGUUGAAGAGACGCUAAUUGCGUCGGCUGAGCUGCGACUAUCCAACAAAAAGUACUCCAAGGAGGAAAAAUGUGAGCGUGUAUCCGCGGUUAUGCGCCAGCUGCGACUUACGCAUAUCAGGGACACUGCCAUUGGUGGAUAUGGAACCCGCGGUGUUUCAGGGGGCGAGCGCAAGCGUGUGAGUAUCGGCUCAGAGCUUGUCACGGAUCCGUCCAUUUUGGUUCUGGAUGAGCCGUCAUCGGGACUUGACUCGUCGUCGGCCGAAAUGGUUGUUAGCCUGACCAAGGAAAUGUCCAGGGAGCGCGACCUCUGCACACUGAUGACCAUCCAUCAGUCCAGUGCCGAGAUGGUGGCCAAGUUUGACAAGCUCAUUAUUUUGGCGCAGGGCAAACUGGUGUACAUGGGACCAGCUUUUCAGGCGCUGCCGUACUUUGAGAACCUUGGGUUCCCGUCGACCAACUCCAACCCGGCUAAUUUUUUUAUUGACCUGACCACCGUUGACUUUUCGUCGGACGAGGCCAUGCGCAAGAGCGAGCAGCACAUCCAAACGCUGUCAGAUUCGUUUAUCAAAUUCCGUGCUAGCGGCGGGCAGCUGCCAUUGUCAGACUUUAAGAACUCUUAUGCAUCGAUAGCCACUGCAAGAAACCUGAAGUCUGAGUCUGAGCACAGCAACCUCAAUAUUAACAUUGACAUCACGCAGGAGGAGGCCAGCUUAGUUCUGUAUGAGCCACCGCCAAUGAAUGACUGGCUGAGCGAGUUUUGGAUUCUGCUCAAGCGCGACUGGACUCUGCUGAAGCGGCACCGAUCCAUGAUAUACGGUCUACUGGCACAGUGCAUUGCAUCGACGAUAUUUAUUGGCUUUGUCUUUUUCCAGAUGAAAACCGACCAGGCAUCCAUCCAGAACCGCGUCGGAGUGUUGUUUAUGUUUGCCCUUCUGUGUACGUUCCCCGUUAUUUUCCCUGUUGUGUCAAUCAUUAUGACUGGCCGCAGUGUGCUGUUGCGCGAGCGCUCCUCUGGCACCUACCGCAUGACGAGCUAUUUCUUUGCCAGAUCGCUGAGCUUUUUCCCGCUGGUCUUUGUGCCGUACAUCUUCACCUAUAUCGGCAUCUACUUCCUUGUGCACUUUCAGUACGAUGCAGCCAAAUUUUUUAUUGGCAUGGCCAACAUGUUUGCCAUUCUGUUCACCUCCAUUGGGUUUUCUUUUGGGCUCGCGAUGAUUGUGAAGAGCAUGGAGGUUGCUUUCAUUAUUGCGCCCGUCACCAUCUCCAACCUCAUGCUGUUUGCUGGCAACCUGUCCAACGCCAAGGCCAUUACCCCUGUUCUGAGCUGGAUCAAAUACGUGUGUAUGUAUUACUACUCGUACUCCGCAUUUAUGCAAAACGAAUUCAAUGGUUUGGAGUUUUCAUGCACCUCGGAUGACACUGCUUGUUACAAGACGGGCGAGUCCGUGAUAGAAUCGUACGGCCUGAACGAGCAAGCGAUCUGGCUGUGCAUUGUGAUAAACUUGGCAAUUGGUAUAGGGCAUUAUGUCAUCGCCUAUGUGUUCACACGCUGGCUGGCAAAACCGCGGUACCUGUGGAUUUGAGCAUUGCUUUUUAAUUUUUUAAUUGACUUGUUUUGGUAAAUGCACUCAUACUAUUCGUUUGAACGAGUAGACAUCACACAAUCAGCCAGUUUAAACCCCCUGAACUUUGCUCUUUGCAAGCCCGUCCUAUAACCUGGCCGAACGCAGGUGAAGGGUUUGCACUAUGCGAACUCCUCCUGCCCAACUCAAUCAUGGCAUGAGCACCUUUUUGGCU